AUGGAGAAAGAGAGAAUAGAGAAAUGGAGACAACACCGAACAUACCUGAUCGAUUACAGUGUGGAGGUGAGAGGUGGAGCUAUCAGCAGAGAUUGCAGAUUGCCGAUUGGAAGGUGCCGAGGUGGACAGGAGCUCCAGCGAACAUCGUUGAAGCGACUAAGGCUAAGCGGAGUGGGGAUGUCAAGCCCAUUCGCUAAGCUCGUAAUGGACACUGUCAAUGUUCAUGAUAUGGAUUUUGAUACAACCAAAGUGAAAGUUACAAAUAGGUUUAAUUGGGAUCCUCAUACGUUCAAGAUAUUUCUUGAGGAAUGUAUGACCGAGCUAAAAAACGGGAAUAGAGCGAGUAGUUAUUUCAAAUCCGUUGUGUGCCAAAAUAUAUGUAAGAGGCUUUUGGAACGAACGGGUAAAGAAUUGGACAGAAAUCAAAUGAAAAACAAAUGGGACAUAAUGUCGAAAGAGUUCAAAUAUUACGACCGUUUAACAAAACUAGAAACGGGAAUUUCAGUUGAUCUCGUGAAAAAUACAAUCUCAACAUCAAAGGAAUGGUGGGAUGAUAAAAUAAAGGAAGAUAAAGAGUUUGCUAAGUUUAAGGAUAAGAAUUUGGAUGUAUAUCAGACAUAUUAUAAGGCUUUAUUUCGGGAUACUGUAGCUAUUGGAGACAAGGCUAAGGUACCUUGCGAAUUUGGCGACAAUAGCACUCCGAAUGAUGUACAACUUGUGGAUAUUACGGAUGGAAAAGAGGAUAGUGAUGAAGUCCUCUUAUUUGAUGAUGUUGAUCCUUUUUUCACAAUCGAUAGUUCUAGUAUGAAUAGGAGGGGAAAAAAAUUAACUCCCAGUGAUGACUUAUGUGAUGAAAUUGAAGAAAAUGAAGAGAUUCAAACACUUCUUUUAUGUGGGCUUGCUGUCAAAGGGUUACUAUUGACUCAGAAAUUGAAAAACGUGUGUAGACGUCGUCGUUCAUCUACGCGCACAGGAAGCAUGCUUAUCAAUGAAAUACUUAACGAUCAUGAGAGUCGAUGUUAUCAACUUUUCAGAUUAGAAGUCUCGGUUUUCAACAUGUUAUGUAGGGAUCUUGUUGCACAUUAUGGGUUAAAGAAAUCACAUCGUGUAUCUAUUGAAGAGUCCCUUAGUAUUUUCUGGUUGUACUUAGCGCAUGGAUGUGGAAAUCGGUUAGUUCAAGAGUUCUUUAAUCAUUCUGGAGAAACAAUCCAUAGGCAUUUUCAUAAAGUCUUGGAUGUUGUGGUUAACCUAAGUAAGGACAUCAUCAAACCAAAUGCUAACUACAACGAAACUAUACCAGAACAUAUUCUAAAUAUCCCUCGGUAUUAUCCAUACUUUAAGGCCUCUGUUCCGCAACAUGAACAAAUCAAAUUCAUUGGGCGAAAGAAUUGUGUUAUUCAAAAUAUUAUGGCAGCAUGUGAUUUCAACAUGUGCUUUACCUUUGCGUGGGCUGGAUGGGAGGGGACUUCACAUGAUACGAGAAUUUUCAAUGAAGCGCGAAGGAGACGUGAAGUUAAGUUUCCACUUCGAGCCGAUGGUAACUAUUACCUUGUAGACGCCAGAUAUCCUAAUACAAAAGGUUAUCUUGCUCCCUAUAAAGGUUCAAACAUCCGUUAUCAUAUUCCUGAUUUUCGACGUGGACAGACUUCUGCCUCGCGGGAACCAAAAGGCUUCAAAGAAAAAUUUAACUAUUAUCAUUCAUCACUUCGCAAUAUAAUUGAACGAACUUUUGGAGUCUGGAAGGCUCGAUGGGUGUUACUAAGAGAUAUGCAUGUAAAUUUCGACUUCGAGACCCACGUUAAAAUUGUGCUAGCUUCAAUGGCGAUUCACAAUUACAUUAGAAUGAGCGGUAGUGGUGAUGCAACAUUUCAAAUAGCGCAAGAAGAAUCUUAUAUUCCGCGCAAUGACGAAGGACCUAAUAAUGGUAUUGAGCUACAUGACGAAGUAUCAAGUACACAACGUAGAACUGAGGAUAUGUAUAUGUGUGCAGUACGCGAUAUGAUUGCAGAACAGAUUUACUUGUAA